UUUUAAGAAAAUAAAUUGCUUUAACAAAUAUAAGUUAUGGAUGACAUCGAAGAUGACAUUGACCAAGAUCAAGACUUAUCAACAAUUAGUUCUGAUGGAAAAAAAAAACGUUUGUUUACAAAAGAAAUACGAUGCAUGUUAUAUGGUUUUGGUGAUGAUCAGAGCUCUUACACAGAAACUGUUGAUUUAAUGGAAGAUUUAUUAGUACAGUAUAUUACAGACAUGACUAUGCAAGCAAUGAAUGUUGGAAAAAAAGGAAGAGUUCAUGUAGAAGAUAUUGUUUACUUAAUAAGAAAAGAUCCAAAAAAGUAUGCUCGUGUUAAAGAGUUGUUAACCAUGAACGAAGAGUUAAAGAAAGCUAGAAAAGCAUUUGAUGCUGAAAGUUAUGGAGAAUAGUGUAUUAUUUAUAUAUUUAAUGUAUUUAUAUCUGGCAUUCAAUAAAUUUUUUUGUUAUAAAUUCUGAUUUAAAAAGAAUUUUAGGCAAAGUAGUUUUAUGUCUUUUUUAAACUUUUUUAAUGCUUGACAUUUACUCAAGGGCAGAUCAGGUCAGUGGUAUCAGUCUGGCUGCCUAAAAUUUUAUCAAAGCACACAUGAGUUCAGCUUAAUCAUUUUUUAUUAGCAUAAUUAAUAGUUUUA